AUGCCCUUCAAUCCCCCACAAUCCAAAGACAUGCAGGACAAGGAUGUGGAUACUACAUACUUGUAUAAAAAUGCCUUGGAAGAUAAAAUAGCAGUAAUCCUGGAAGACCUGAACUUUUUCAAGAGCUUCUAUGAACAGGAGCUGCGUGAGCUGCAGGCAGACGUGAAGGACACGUCCGUUGUGGUGCAGAUGGACAACAGCAGGCAGCUGAACAUGGAGAAGAUUCUCGCUGAUGUGAAGAGCCAGUAUGAGGAGAUUUCAGCAUGCAGCCGAAAGGAAGCUGAGGCCUGGUAUAAAAACAAGGUGAAGAUCACACCUCUGACUUUUAGAGAAUGUUGA